AUGCAAUGCAAGCACGUCAUCUUUGGAGGAUGCCACGACAACGGAUAUCUGCCUACCCUCGAUCCAUACAAGCGCGAUCAGAACACGGCCCCUCGCAUCAGUCUGCUAGAAACUCUACCUAUUCAACCUGGCUUCACUCAGCUCGGCUUUAAGGUUGUACAGUUCCCUACAGUCUUCAGAUCGGACCCACUACCAGACAGGCCUACCAUCCCGAUUUUCGUGCCUUCUGCAACAGCUGGAGCCCAGCCUAGCUCUGUGUUAUCUAGCCGAAGCAAUUCACUCGCCACCAAUGGUGUGGCGCCUACCCCGGCACAAGCAGCCGCAGCCAAUUUGCCCAAGGCCGCCACCCCUGUCUCUAGUGACAGCUCUUCAUGGGCAACAGUAGGCAAAGGCGCACCCAAGACAAUCAACGUCGCAAGCAAAAAGGCAGCAAAUCGAAAGUUCAUCCUCCUCAAUGCUUACGAUGAACGCCUCGACUCUGUGUUGCCACGAGCCGAUCCAGCAGCCACCAACCGCCUCUCUGAACGCGUGAAACACAAGAAAGUCUGCAACAACUACCACCUCAAUGGCAAGUGUGAAGCCGGCAAGUACUGCGACUACGACCACGGCGAGCGCCUGAGUCCUGGCGAGCAGUUAGUUCUUAAGCAACGUGCUCGUACUCGAAGUUGUCCAGAUCGUGGCGGCUGUCGGGACUUUGAUUGCACCAAUGGACAUGAUGUACACGAUGUUGAUAUGAAACCCGUAUCCAAGUUGUUUGAGGAUGGUGAGCAAGAAUGGAACUUGAAGUAG